CCAAAACAAAAAUGUUUUUGAUUAUAAUUUUUAUCCUUACUGCUUGGCUAUUCACGCUCAAAAUUUACUUGCUAUUCAAAAGCAAAACUUGCCUGAAUAAUGUGAGUUUGAUUGGAAAAACUGUUGUGGUCACUGGAGCAAAUACAGGUAUCGGCUACUGUGCAGCUCUGGACUUUGCGAAACGGGGUGCCAGAGUGAUUUUAGCAUGCCGGGAUCGGGAAAAAGCGGAAAUUGCCAGGACGGAAAUUGUGAGGCAGACCGAAAACGUCAACGUUGAGGUUAAAAUAGUGGAUUUUGCCAGGCUUUGUUCGGUAAGGGAACGUGCUAAAGAUAUUCUGGAAAAUGAAGAUAGAUUGGAUGUGUUGGUGAAUAAUGCAGGAGCUGCUGCACUCUUGGAUAAGGUUACUGAAGAUGGGUUUCAGAAUGUGAUGCAAAUUAACUAUUUUGGGCCUGUAUUGUUCACUCUGUUAUUACUUGAUUUAAUGAUGAAAUCUCCAAAAGCACGAAUAAUCAAUGUGGCUUCUGUGUUAGCAAAAAUUGGAAAAAUUGAUCCAAGCAAUUUGAAUCAAUAUGCUAGAAGUUUAGGAACUUAUUCGAACUCAAAAUUGGGCAAUAUUUUAUUUACAAUGAUGUUAGCUGAGAAAUUAAAAGCUACUAGCAUAAGCGUCUUUUCACUUCACCCUGGAGUAAUACGAACCAAAAUAUUUCGAAGGCUUACCAUGCAAAACUGGUCCAAGACUCUAUUUAACUUUGCAGCGUAUUUUACGUUUAAAACUCCUCUACAAGGUUCUCAAACAAUCAUCUUCACGGCAACCGAGCAAAAUAUUGAAAAUCUAAGCGGAAGACAUUUUGAAGAAUGCGGAGUAGUUACGUCAUACACUUCAGCAACUAAUCGGAAAUUGGCUGAGGAUUUAUGGGAUGAAACAUUGAAGUUGCUUAAGAUUAAUGAAAAUAAAUUAUUUAUUGAUGGUGUAAAUUGAAUAAAAUCAUCUAUUACCAACUUUAA